AUGGAUAAAGAAAGAAGUGAAGCAGAGUCUAUCAAUUGUAACUCCACAAAAGAGGAAAACCAAAGUAAAGAAAAUGAAAAAGAAAAAAACAAAGCUACUAAUUUACCGCCUUUUAACGAAUUAAAUAUAGAACAAAAAAAAGAACAAGAUGAAUGGGUAAUUUAUGUUUGUAAUAAUUCUUAUGGCCCUUAUAAUUUAGAUCAAAUAAUAAAUUUAUGGAAUACAAAGAGAAUUAAUAUGAUGACAACAAUAUUUAAAAAGGGUGAAAAUAAUUGGAAAUAUGUAUAUAAUGAUGAAACUUUAGUAAAACACUUUCAAGGAACACAAUCAAAUACAACAAAUAUUGAUAACACAACUUCUAGUUAUAAUAAUGAAAAAGACGCUUCAAAUAAUCAUCUUUUAAACAAACAAUUAAAUAAUAACAAUACUAAUUCAGGUCAAACACAAAAUCAUGUUAAUAAAUCUAACGAAAAUGAUUUUCACCAAAAAGAAAUACAAUAUAGUACAAAUAACCUUAAUGGGAAUAAUGUAGAAUAUGAUAAUAAUGAUACUUAUAAUAAUAAUUUAAAUUAUAAUAAUGUUGAUAAUAAUACAGCUACCAAUUUAACUAACGAAAACGAAGCAAAUCAGGCAGAAUUGGAAAAAAUAAAAAAAAGAAAUAAAAAAAAAAAAUAUUUAGAAAGGAAAAAAAAAAAAAUUGAAGAAGGAAUAUGUGAAAGAAAAAUAAAAAAUAGUUCUGUAUAUAUUUCUGGUCUUCCUAAAGAUGUAACACAAGAAGAAAUAAAUAACGUUUUUAAAAAAGCUGGAAUUAUAAAAAUCGACUCUGAAACCACAAAACCAAAAAUAAAAAUAUAUUAUGAUGAAAAUAAUAAUGUAAAAGGUGAUGCAUUAGUUACUUAUGUAUAUACGCAAAGUGUUGAUAUCGCAAUUAAAUAUUUUGAUAAAUUUCAUUUUAGACAAAAUUGCGUGAUAAAUGUGGAAAAAGCCCAAUUUAAUAAAAAAGUAGAACAUCAUAAAAUAUCAAAAGAAGAAAUAUUAAUUAAAAAAAAAAAAAUACAAGCAGCAAAACAUGAACAGUACAGAUUACAAAACUGGGGAGAAGUUUAUACUGGAUCAAAAAAAAAAAUUGUUAUUUUUAGAAACGCAUUUUCCUAUGAAGACGCAUUGAAAUAUGAUGAAGGAGAUCCAUUCUAUGAUUUUAUAAAAAAUUUAAUUGAAAUAGAAGUCAAGAAAUAUGUUCCUGUACACAAAGUUUACCCAAUACCAAAACACCCCCAUGGAAUUGUAUGUGUCAAAUUUAAAGGUGUUGAAGAGGCUGAGAUGAUAAUAGAGUAUUUUAAGGAUGUUGAAUUAAAUGAUAAAAAACUGGAAGUAUAUUUCUACGACGGAAAACAAGAUUUAAAAGCCCAAUGCCUUCCUCCUCAAAAUAAACCAUCUCAUAUACAAAAUGUUUAUGAAAACAUAUCCGACCCCCAAAACACGGAUGAUAAACUCCCGCCCGUUUUGCUAAAUAAUAAUUUACAGUCGUUUCACGAUUGGCUUGAUAACCAAAGUGAAGAUGAAGAACACGAAAUAAUGGUGGAGUAA